UUCCUCUAAAUUUUGGAGUCUUAAAAGUUUGCAACAGCUUUCGCAGCCAUGUCGCGAUUUAGCGGAGCUCUGCAACUUACUGAUCCGGACGACUUUAUUACAAAUUAGAGACGUCGUUAUAAGCACACAUAAAUUCCUUCAGCAGCCACCAUGACCAAGGAGAAUUGGAUGCGCGACCUGCCGCCCGAUCUGCGAGAUUUAUCAAUUAUAAAUUUAGCUAUUCCAGGUUCCCACAAUUCGAUGACCUAUGGCAUUAAUAGCAAUUCAAAGCUAUCGCCAGAUGCGGAGCGCGCAGUACGACGAUGGCACCGUUUCUUUCCCUGCUUUGUGAGACGCUGGUCCAAAACGCAAUCAUCAAGUAUUUUGGAGCAACUGCAUCUGGGUGUGCGAUAUUUUGAUUUGCGUAUAGCACAAAAUGACGACAAAUUCUACUAUUGCCAUGGACUCUUUGCCAUGGAAGUGUUUGAGCCAUUGACGCAAUUGCGUCAAUUUGUAGAAACGCAUUCGGAUGAGAUGAUAGUCCUGGACUUGCAGCAUUUCUAUGCCAUGGACGUGGCCCAGCAUCAGCAGCUACACACCCAACUGAUUCAGUUCUUUGGUCAACUAUUGUACACAACUACAGAUGGUUCCCUGCUCGAAUGCUCUCUGACACGCUGUGCUCAGCUCCAGCGUCAAGUGGUGCUCAUCUAUAGACGCUGCCCGAUUGGACUGCCACCAGAGUUCUGGCCAAGUUAUGCCUGGCCUACACCAUGGCCCAACACGGCCAGCGUUAAGAAACUACAAUCAUUUCUAUCGGAUUCAUUGCUGUCACGUCAGCCCCAACAGGGUUAUGUCUCCCAAUGUAUAAUAACACCCUCAGGACGCUAUAUAGCACUGCGUGUAUUCGUCACGUUAAAGGGAACAGCAAAACGUGUGGAUCAAAAACUCAAGCCUUGGAUAUUGGAACAGUUGCCUGGACCCUUUUCAACAAAUCAAUCGCCGCGUGCGAAUGUCUUUUUAGCCGAUUUUGUAAAUCUCAAGAAUGGACAGUUUUGUGAUUGGGUUGUGCAGUUGAACACCAAACUGGAGACGGUUCCGGAUGAAAUAAGAGCAAAGGAGCCGCUUUAUUAACACACAAUGCCUCUCUUUAAAUAUUAUUUUUGUACAAAUUACUCAAUAUUUUUAUUUCGGUGAUAUCUUUUAUGUACAAAGUCUAUAUGCACAGCAAGGCCUUACAAUCGCCAUUUACACAAACAAUUUGUUAAUGUUUUAUGUUUGUUUUAGAUGCUCUCUGUAAAGAAAGGCAACCUCAAUAUAAAGGGGACAAUGUUACGUUCUUUUUUUUUUGUUUCGUUAGCUUUACAAUCUUAUGUAUACAAAGUAAUCAAUGAAUACAUUGAAAUGUGAUUAACUAAA